AUGAACCAGGAAGAGCUGGAGACGUACGAGUACCAGCUCUCACAGAUCAAGCUGAGCCUCGCGAAGGACCCCAGCAAUGCAGAGCUCCUCACGCUCAAGACAGAGCUCGAGGACCUGAUCCAGCUCACGAAGGAGUACCUGCGAACCCAAGCCGGCUCAUCAGCCUCAGCAUCAACCGCCUCUCCCGCCCCUUCCUCCGCCAAACCCUCCUCCUCUGCUUCAUCUUCCAAACCCGCCGCAUCGUCUUCUGCCACGUCGAAGAGCUCGCAAAAGGCGUUCAAGACGGGCGAUGACUGCUCGUGCCGCUACACGGACGGCAAGUGGUACCCAGCGCGGAUCACCUCGAUCUCUGGCUCGGCCGACAAGCCCGUCUACACCGUCGUCUACAAGGGCUACGACACGCCUGAAGUCGUGUCGGCGAACGAUGUGCGGCCGCCGAACAGGUGGGACAGCCAGAAUGUUCCUGGAGGAGGAGCGGCGGCGAGUGCGGCGGCUGCGGGACCUGAGAAGCGCAAGGCGGGCGAGAUGAGCAAGGAGGAGUUGGAGAAGGAGCGCAAGAGGAAGAAGAACGAGAAGAAGGCUGAGACGCAGAAGGCCAAGGCCGAGGCUCAGGCGGGCAAGGCGAAGAGCUGGCAGUCGUUUGCGAAGAAGUCGGCGAAGAAGGGCGUGCACAUCCCGGGGAUCACUGGUGAAUCGAUGUUCCGCUCGCCCGCCGACCAGAACCCGCAGGCAAAAGUUGGAGUCGUCGGAUCGGGACGUGGCAUGACGAGCGUGGCGCAGAAGAAACGGCAGACGUUCCAGGAGGGUGGCGACGAUUGA